CGUGGCGACACAUACUUUUUCACGAAAAUUCAGCCAACGGUUAUAAAAAAACAUCCACACCCCUAGGGGGAAAUCGCUCUAAACGUUGGACUAAAAUAAAUUAGUGAACUUUUUUAUUCCCAAAAUAAUCUCGACUAGUUUUAGCUAAUCUUGAAUAAUCCUACCUAUAGUUUUCAAUAGUCUUGGUUUAGAUAGCAGCUGUCACUUCGACCCAUUACGCACUGCUGUUGUAAGGAAUUCUCUUUCCGGAAGAAGCUGCCCUGGGGUUAAUAUUUUCUUCGGACCGAAGCAACAUUGCUAACAUCAAUCUGAUCAGUCUAAUUCAAAAUUGGAAUCGAUUUAUCCUACACCAGAUGCACUAAGAACUGUUGGAGGCUAUGAAGAAGGAAUGUUUUAUCCCCCACGAUACGGUUAGUGGUAUACGAAGAAUCUACUAUCCGUUUCACCCCGACCGUUCGUUCCGGGGGGCGUAGAUGCACAUACAACACCCGGAAGAAUGUCAGGAAUGCUUGGACAGCGAAGUUCAACAGUAUGACGCUAACUAUGAAAAGUUUCAAUUCUUAGUGAUUACCAUCCGACGUUGGCAGCCGAAACUGAUAUCUAUGCUGAGAUGGUAAAAGAAGCAUAACCUACUCGUAGUAACAAGAAUGAAACGGAAAUCAAUCCCCUGUUCGGCACUCAACAAACGUUGCCGGAAAGUGAACGGCCGCUGAAAUUCAACCAACGGUGAUGGAUAAUAAUAAUUGAAUAUUGAUCCAAUUUUUCUCACCACCUCCAGGCGAUCUCUACACCUUGGAAAAGCGUGGCGAUGACGAGUUCGGUGAUGGAACAGCGGAAAAACCCUUCAAAACAAUCCUACAAGCCAUGAAGCACGCCGGCAAGGAACCUUUCCCAAGAAUUUAUGUAAACGCUAAGGAUGCAAAAUCGGAAUCACCCUGUAGCCAAAUCUCAGCUCAAGAAAAUUCUUGAAAAGCGUUCUCAGCGAUACCUUGUGUCAGAGGUUCCAGAAGGUAAGUCCGCUCCCGGUGGACAUGAGCUGCACGUUGAUUAUUGGUAGCUAAUUGGAUUAGCUCCGGCCGGUGGGGCAGAUUCUAUUUUGAACGAGGAUGCUUAUCCUGAUGUCUAGCUCGAUAACAGACACAUUAUGAUUAGAGGCGAAAAUACUUCUAAGAUUCUCAAGAUGAGAGAUGUCAUUAUGAUGGCAUUUAGGGAGCAUUAUCAUGAACGUGGUUACACGGAGGUAACGCCGCCGACGCUGGUGCAAACACAAGUUGAAGGAGGGUCGACUCUGUUCAAACUGGACUAUUUUAGGGCGGAAGCAUUCCUGACGCAAAGCUCACAAAAAUAUAUGGAAACCUGUUUGCCGGCAUUGGGCGACUAUUGCAUUUCUCAAAGUUACCGUGCAGAGCAGAGUCUUGCUCGCCGUGAUUUAGCAGAAUACAGUUAUAUUGAGGGUGAAUGUCCCGUUAUUACUUUCAAAGAGCUACUUGAUCGGCUGGAAGAUUUGAUAGUAGAUGUUGUCGAUCGAGUAUUGAAAUCUCCGUGGGGUCAUCUUAACCCGAAUUUUAUGCCACCGAACUAUGUCGAUCCUAUUGACUGGCUAAAAGAGAACAACGUCACCAAGAAUGAUGGAACUUUUUAUGAGUUUGGCGAUGAUAUUCCGGAGGGUCCGGAACGAAAAAUGACGGAGCAAAUAAACGAACCAAUAAUGCUGUGCCGGUUUCCCGCGAAAAUUAAAUCAUUUUACAUGUCUAGAUGUGAAGACGAUCGCCGAUUAAUUGUCGGAGGUCAAUUUCUCUGAACAGUAUUACUAAAAAGCUAGAAAUUGACACUUUUACUUUAAGAAAAUAAAAUAUUGUCAUUCUAUAUCAAUAUAUUUGUAUUAUAUCUAAUAAAGCAACAUACAGAGAGAUGAGGGAAUUUUAUUAGGCACCUAAAAGCCCGUUGACAUGAACGCGUAUUUUCAGUUGCAGGCAAUACUCUUAUCACAUAUCCUUCGGGGUCGUUCCCAUUAACCAAAGUACGGCACUCUCUGAUUGAAUUUGAACUUCCUGGCUAGAGUGAGUGUUCGAAGUGCUUACCAAACAGCCCGGUUGUCGAGGUUCCAGUGCAAUCCACUAGUGCUACAUACGGCCCGUUGUCCAAUAGGAACAAGCGAACACCAGAUACGUUCGUGUACCAACCGAGGGGAAAUUUGAAUUAAGUGGGUUCCCGCCGGUAGCAGCCAACUGAGAGUUACUGGAUCGCAAGAAUACAAAUGCAUUCGGUAGAAUGUCACGGGCCAGGGACAAAGUAUUAAUGUUGGCCAUGAUUUGGUACAACCGGCCAGAACUUUCACACAACACCAGAAUUCGACUUAUUUCGCUAUCGUAACUGGUGCUCUAAAUCGCUUUGAGAGAUUUUGUAAAAUCUGUAGCA